UUUCUUUUGCAGAAUAAGGCAACUCUUCCUUAUCCCUGUCUGGCUGUUAUUGGCUCUCAGCUAGGUGGACCUGAUAUUUCGGUGACAGUUUCUGGCGACUCCGCCGGGACUCUCCUAGCUCGGACAUUGGACUCUGGAUGGCUGCAGCGAACUGGAAACUGCGCCAACAGGGUGUUUCACCCCUUUUCUUUGCUUCACCGCAGCCCCUGGGGUUCAUGCUCCGAUAAGACCUCCCAUGGCUUCUCCCAGGCUAGAGACCUACUGCUGUCCCAACCGGGAUGCAGCCACGCAACUGGUGCUGACUUUCCAGCCUGAGGUUUUCUGUGGAGUUUGCAUUGGCAGUGCCUCAGUCAGUCUGCUGCUCAGCAUCCUGCAGCUCCUUCCCAAGCAGGGACAGAGUCCCCGGAAGAUGCCAAAAGCUUCAUCCUCAACCAUUCUUCUCCUCAUCUCCGUUUGUGACAUCCUGGGUGGCCUAGGUAUAAUCUUCAGAUCAACUGUAUGGAUAGGCUUCCCAGACUUCAUAGCAAACAUCUCUGUGGUGAAUGGAACUGAUGUGUGGCCUUCUGCCUUCUGUGUGGGAAGUGCAAUGUGGAUCCAGCUCUUGUACAGUGCUGGCUUCUGGUGGCUGUUUUGCUAUGCUGUAGAUUCCUACUUGGUGGUUAGAAGAUCAGCAGGGCUAAGUACAAUUGUGUUGUACCACAUGAUGACAUGGGGCCUGGCAAUCCUGCUGUGUGUGGAGGGAAUUGCCAUGCUUUACUACCCUUCUGUUGCUAGUUGUGAAAAUGGCCUGCAGCAUGCUAUUCCUCAUUACAUCACUACCUAUGCCCCACUUCUGCUAGUUUUGGUGGCCAAUCCAAUCCUCUUUAGAAGGACGGUAACAGGAGUUGCCUCAUUGCUCAAAGGAAGACAAGGAAUCUACACAGAGAAUGAAAGACGCCUGGGGACGGAGAUUCAGCUCCGCUUUUUCAAAAUUAUGCUGGUGUUCAUUAUAUGCUGGUUACCGAAUAUCAUCAAUGAGAGCCUGUUGUUCUACCUUGAAAUGCAGCCAGAUAUCAAUGGAAGCCCCCUGAAAAAUGUUAGAAAUGCUGCUCUGAUCACAUGGAUUAUAAUGGGAGUGCUGAAUCCAAUGCAAGGCUUUCUCUUCACACUCACUUUUUAUGGCUGGACCGGGUGGAAACUGAACCUCAAGUGGCAAAAGAGAGAAAUACCAUGGGAAUCAAUGUCCACAUCAGCUGUUGCUGACAAUGGCUACCCUUCUGCCAUUGGCUCCUCUGUGAACUACCAAAGCAACAUCCACGACUCGAAGAAGACAACAGCAGCCAGCAGCCAGCAGACCGACGAGGCCUUAAGCAUGCUGUCUGAAGGUUCUGUUGCUAGCACAAUUGAAAUCCAGAUCCCAAGUGAGCUACAUGACUUAGAGGAUAAUGAUCCUGAUGCUGAAUAACUGGAAAACUGUGGAAGGCAUAAAAUGGGUAUCUGGAGACACAAAGACGUUCUCAAGGAUUUGCCUGAUUGUUUUCCCUCUUUUAUAAUGCACGUAUCUUUCUCCCUUGCCCCCCAGCAACACCUUCAGUACAUGUCACUUGCUCUUAACAAUUUUCUAGCAUUCAAAUUGAAAGAGCACUUUUUUUUUUGAUAGAUUUAAAUGGCCUGAGCUGUGGACUAGACAUAGAGGGCCAGAUUCAGAGAUAAUGUUUACGGUGGUGUGAGUUAGGAUCCUUUACAUGGCCAGGAAGUCUAGAAAGUGUAAGUUAAAAUACAGAAGAAGCACCUACUUAUGAGGUGCUUUCUCUGUUCAGCUCUCUCUUCUCACCCUUUAGUAUGUAAACGUAACAGGGUGUGCUUCCUUGUGUCUAGGUCUGGGAAUGUAGCUCUCACUGCAUCCGGUGCCUCCUUGCUGCGCAUUGGUCUGCAAGUUGCUUCUGUAACUUGGCCCUCUGGCCAGGUCACCAUUUCAUACAAUCAUAGAAUAUCAGGGUUGGAAGGGACCUCAGGAGGUCAUCUUGUCCAACCCCCUGCUCAAAGCAGGACCAAUCCCCAGACAGAUUUUUACCCCAGUUCCCUAAAUGGCCCCCUCAAGGAUUGAAAUCACAACCCUGGGUUUAGCAGGCCAAUGCUCAAACCACUGAGCUAUCCCUCCCCGCCACCACUUCCAAGGUUACAAAAUCCAACAGGACAAAUGAUCCAAAUGCCAUCUCCUGAGGGUGUUCAUCCCCAGCUUGGGGCCCUAUGCCAGUGGCUACAGGGGAACUCGGGCCUGCCCACUACACCAAGUUCCAGUCUAGGGAUUCUUCAACCAGCAGUCUAGAUCUGCUCAGGCCUAGUCCCUGUUGCUGUUUCUCUGGGCUCCUUCUUACCCAGCCUCUCUAUUGUCUUGCCUGUUUCUGGGUUUACCCCUGGAGCUUACUCUAUUCCCUGUGGCUACUACACCACUCCUGGCCUCUUGCCAGACUCUUUACUCCAGGGUAGGAUCUCCAGGCUUACUCUCUAUCUGGACUUCUUCCUUGUCUCUGAUGGUCUCCCUUCUCCAGGAAGUGACUGCAGACUCCUUCCCCUGCAGCUCCCUUCUGCUUUCAGCCUCCUGGCUUUAUAGUGCUGUCCCAAUCCUUCCCCAGCAGGACUUCACUCUUAACUAACCCUGGCCCCGCGUCUUGCCAGGUAACUAAUUGGCCUCUCAGACCCUUGAUAACCCUAGGAGGGCUGGUGUGGAGUGCACAUCCCAGUACAGUGCAUUAUACAAAUUAGACUCCCUUUGAGUCAAAUUCUAAGGUGAUGUGCAAAGGGACCUGUAAAUUACAUGAUAAAGUGGUGAAAGUCCAAGCAAGUAAAUCAAGGGAGUCUAGAUGGAAUCUAAGUUGGCGUAACAUACACAUUGAAGGGCUGGAUGUAAAUUAUACUCACUUAUACUCCCUCUUCAUUUACUUAAACUCAUCUCUGAAUUUGGUCCACCUGGUCCAAAGAGAUGAUUCAUUUGCCAAAAAAAUAAAAAAUAAAAGACUGAUGUUGAGACUGAUGGAUGUAAUUAUGAUUAUGAUUAUGUACUCAAGGAAAUUUAAUGCAAAUUCCUGUCAAAUCUAGAUUAGCAUGAUUUAGGUUGUCUUAGGGUGACUGAUUAAUUCAGCAUACUGGUUGAUUGUAAAAAAAAUGGUUUCUGGCACAAGCUGGGUGUAUUUUUAGAGGGAAAAAUCUGGUCAAUUUGAAUUUGUACCUCAUGCACUGUAUGUAUGGUACCUUUCCUGCUGGUGGAAAAUGCCAUGCUUUUAUUGAUAUAGCUUUGCUUCUUUUGGUUUUGUUAAAAUGCCAUGGGCCAGAUCUUCAUCUUGAAAUCAAUUAAGCUAUUCCAAUCUACACCAACUGAAGAUCUGGCUCAGUGAGACAUUCCUUCUGGUUAAAGUCCUUUUAAUUGGUUGUUAUAAAAUUAACUGCAGCUUUUAUGUAUGUAUUGUCCUUUAAUGUUCACACUAAGACUUUGAACCUUAUAAAGAUGAAGGAGCUAUAGGUCAAAUUGUGUUGUCAGUGACACUAGUGUAACUCAGUAGAGUUGAUGGAGUGGGUGGAGUUACUGUGGUGUAACAGAGACAGAAUUUGGCCCUAUGUAUUGAGUUUGGACUCCUCUUUGAAGAUAGUUAUAUUUUCAGAUUAUGAUAGGAACCAUUCUUUUGGCUGAGUAGAAGGGACAUUUUUUUCCUUUCUGGAUAGGUUGACUCAGGAAGAAGUGAAAAAGCCAAUAGCUGCUUUUUUCAUUUACCUCAAAUGCAGCAUAUCUCUAACCAACCAAAUGAGUAUUUGAAAUUACUGUAGGUGUUACUUUGUGAUGUUAGAAAGAACUCUUUGGGGAAACACUUCUUGGUGUAGAGGCAGAGGAGAUAAUAUACCUUUCCCAAGAUCUGGGUAGUGUAUUCAUUUUAGGAGUGUUUGCAGUGGGAUGGAAGAGGAGGUUAAUCCCUAACCAUCUGUAAUCUGCACUGGAAAUCACCACACUGAUUUUAGCUCAGCAGUACUUUAUACAGAUAAAUACUGAACAUAACUGGAAUAGUGACAUUCUCCUCCUGGAAUCUUACCAGAGGUUGAUGUAGAAAGUCCUCAGAUUCACAGUGCCUCAACAGAAGUAUUUCAUCAACAAGAAAUCCAUCCACUGCUGUAGAGAAGAUCAGAGAAAAAGUAAUUCACUUCCACAGAUUGAAAAACAAUAUACAGCUUCUCUUCAACAAAUUGUACUUAAAAUAGGCACCUAGUCACUGCACAAGACAGCUUAAGGUCAUCUACCAAUGACACUGGUUGGAGAAAGCCAGUUAAAAAACUAAUUUGAGGCAUACUGUAACAUGGGGGGAGGGAUAGCUCAGUGGUUUGAGCAUUGGCCUGCUAAAGCCAGGGUUGUGAGUUCAAUCCUUGAGGGAUCGGGGGCAAAAUCAGUACAUGGUCCUGCUAGUGAAGGCAGGGGGCUGGACUUGAUGACCUUUCAAGGUCCCUUCCAGUUGUAGGAGAUGGGAUAUCUCCAUUAAUUAUUAUUAUUACACUCCUGUCAGAAUGGCAGACAUUUGAAGCUUUCCAGGGCAUGGACUGUGUAUUCAUCUGUGUUUGUACUGGGCUCCCAUCCUGGUUUGGGACCUUUGGCAACUACCAUAAUACAAAUGAUUAAUAGUGAGUUGUUUCACAUUAUCCGUGUGUCUGUUUCUUUACUGAAAAGUAGUUUUUGAAAUGGUCAAGAGGGAGAAAGCUGUAUGACUGUGUGUUGCAGUAAACUUUGCAGCGAAUGUGCAGAAACUUCUCAACAUAUAACAAAUUCCUAUUACUUGAUGUUUCUCUCAGUCACGACAAGUUUGCCAA